GCUCACCUUCCGAUUGAGUUUUGGGGCGAAUGCGUGUUGACUGCAUGUUAUCUUAUUAAUCGUUACCUUCUCCGGUUUUGGAGUAUAAGAGUCCUCAUGAAUUAUUGUAUGACAAGUCACCCAAGUACGAUCAUCUUCGUGUCUUUGGUUGCCUUUGUUAUGCACGUGCACACAGGACUAAUAAUGGUGAUAAAUUUGCUCAAAGGGGAUUGAAAUGUGUUUUUUGGGGUACCCUUAUUCCCAAAAAGGCUGGAGAUCGUAUGACCUCGAAUCCCAACAUUUUUUUUUUUUCACGAGAUGUAACAUUUAUUGAAACAGAAUUUCCUUUUGCUAGAUCAAUUGGGGCGAAUGACGAGUGCAACGAUAAUUCCGACAUAAUGGUGACACACCCACCAUCCUCUUUUGUUGGAGAUGAUGUGGAGGGCAUGCAUAAUGAUGCAUGUCAUGACGGUACAUUCAUGCGGUACAUACAUCCUCGUGUAGGCAUCAAUGAUUUCCUAACAAUGAUUGGUUACACAAAUCAUAUCAUUGCACAAAAGUUCACAAUAAUCUGCAUCAUUAUUUAAUUUGAUGUCAUUUUGUAGGGAAGAUGUUGCCGUGUAGAGAAAUAUCCGCUUCCAUAUCUCAUGGAAGAAAAGAAUAUUGCAUUAUAUGAAAGGAUUGUUGCUCUCAGCAAAAUGUCUCUUUCUUUUUACGAGAAAAAUCAUGAACAGCCAAGAAUGCACAACCAAGCAAUGAUAUAUACCCUAAAGAGAACCGGGUCCCACUAUAUGACAACAACUUUCAAUUGGACCUGAAGCUCUUCAAAUGUCAGGACCCAGUCAUUCUCUCCAUCCUACAGAAGCACUACCUUUGGACUGCAUUCAACGAAGCCAAACCAGUACCAAUGGUUUACCUGCAACAAUUCUGGGGCUCGAUGCAGACUCCCAGUGAAAAGGAUCGCUCGAAA